AUGGCCUCUCCACCGACAAAGAUGGCCAAACUCGACCACGCACCCCCCGCGCGCACGACCGCACCCGCCGCCCUCUCGCGAACCCCGUCCUCGUCGUCCUCGUCGCGCCGAAUCGGCCUCGCGUCUGGCGUCGACCGCACAAAGGUCCGCUCCAUCCAGCUCGGGCCCUCCAAGAACAAACUCGCACUCGGGUCCAAGCCCACAAACCCGCACAAAGCCGUCGACCCGCUCGCCACCCUCGCCCGAGCAGCGCGCGCCAUCCUCUCGCGCCCUCCCCAGCCCACCCCCGAGUCGCUCCAGGCCCUGUACUCGCUCACAGAGCACGUCGUCCACAACGGCAACGACGCCGCCCAGCAGUUGUACGACCGUCUGCGCCUCGAGCUCGAGCGCGCCGCGGGCGACCUCCGCCGCUCGCUCGCCGCACCUGUGCCCGACUCGGCCGCGACCGCGACGGCCGACGGUUCGGCCCUCGGCGUCAAGGCGUCGGCGCACGAGGCGUGGAUCAAGCUGUUCGACGACGAGGUCGGUCGGUUUGGCGACCAGGUCCUCCUCGUCAGGAGCGUCUUCCUCCACCUCGACCGCACCUACGUCCUCCAGUCUUCCGCCCUCCUGUCCAUCUGGGACCUCGGCCUGUCGCUCUUCCAGGAUUCGGUCCUCUCGGACUCGACCAUCUCGUCGCGCAUCACGUCCGCCACGCUCGACCUCGUCGCACUCGAGCGCAGCGGCACCUCGGUCCCGCGAGCCCAGCUGCGCUCGUUCCUCCGCCGCGUGCGCAGCUUUGCGACGCCGGCGGCGUACGCCGAGGUCGUUAUCGCGCCGUUCCUCGCCGCGACCGAGGCGCACUACGACGUGCAGGGCAACGCGCACGCGGUCGAGCUCGACUCGACAACGUACCUCGCGAGGGCGGUCGCGGCGCUCCGGGACGAGGACGAGCGCGUGCGGGGCGUCUUUGGCGGGGCGGGCGAGGCGGACCUCGCGAGGGAGGUCGAGCGCAGGGUUGAGGGCGGGCUCAUCAGGGGGCACGUCGAGGACAUCGCGACCAAGGAGACGGCGACGCUGUGCGAGCAGGACCGCAAGGACGAGCUCGCGACGCUGUAUGGCCUCCUCAAGCGUGUCAACCAGCUCGGCGUCCUGCGGGCCGCGUUCCUCGCCUACCUCAAGACGACCGCCCUCGCGCUCGUGUCCGACCCAGCGCAGGACGCCCACAUGGUCGAGCGCCUCAUCGCGCUGCGGCACGCCGCCCGCGCGUUCGUCGAGGGCCCGUUCGAGCGCAACGAGGACGAGUUCGGCAAGGCCGUCAACAGCGCGUUCGAGAGCGUCGUCAACACGCGGCAGAACAAGCCGGCCGAGAUGAUGGCCAAGUACCUCGACGCCAAGUUGCGCAGUGGCGGCGCGCGAGGACUCGACGACAUAAUGCUCGAGGCCGUCCUCAACGACGUCCUGUACCUCUUCCGCUUCACGCAGGGCAAGGACAUCUUCGAGGCGUUCUACAAGCGCGACCUCGCCAAGCGUCUGCUCCUCAACAAGAGUGCGUCGUUCGACGCCGAGCGCAGCAUGCUCCUCAAGCUCAAGGACGAGUGCGGCCCCGGUUUCACGUCCAAGCUCGAGAUCAUGUUCAAGGACAUGGACCUGUCGGCCGACGUCAUGAGCGCCUUUUCCGCCUCGUCGGCGUCGUCGUCGUCCGGGUCGGGCCCGUCGUCGUUCGACCUGAGCGUGUCGGUCCUGAGCCAGGGCAACUGGCCGACGUACCCGCCGUUCCCGAUCGCGCUGCCGCCGGCGCUCACGGCCGCGAGGGAGCGCUUCCGCGCCUUCUACGUCGCCAAGCACAGCGGGCGCGCGCUCAGCUGGGCGAGCGGCCUCGACACGGUCACGCUCCGGGCCCACUUCCCGUCCUCGGCGACGGCAUCGACGUCGGGCAAGGCGGGCACGGCGAGGAAGGAGCUCCUCGUCAGCCUCGCGCAGGCCGUCGUCCUGCUCUUGUUCAACGACCCGGCCGAGCAGGGCGCGGCGGACGACGGCACGCUCAGCCUUGAGGAGAUCGGCGCCGCGACACAGCUCGAGGCGAAGGAGCUCGCCCGCACGCUGCAAAGCCUCGCGUGCGGCAAGGUCCGCGUUAUCACCAAGCAGCCCAAGGGCCGAGACGUCAACGCGGGCGACCGCUUCGCCUUCAACUCGGACUUCAAGAGCGACCACGUGCGCAUCAAGAUCAACCAGAUCCAGCAGAAGGAGACGGUCGAGGAGAACAAGAGCACGACCGAGCGCGUCUUCACCGACCGGGCGAGCCACCUGCAGCUCGCCAUCGUGCGCAUCAUGAAGGCACGCAAGACGCUCAAGCACCAGGAGCUCGUCAUGGAGGUCGUGUCGCAGAUUGGGCAGCGGUUCAAGGUCGAGCCGGCCGAGAUCAAGAAGUCGAUCGCGAGCCUCAUCGACCGCGAGUACAUGGGUCGCGCCGAGGACAACCACGCGCUGUACCAUUACAUCGCGUGAGGCGGGCCGCCCCGUCGACGACGACGCGCACCGACCGCUUCCCUCAUCGCCGCACUCGCCCUCUUUUCCCUCUCUCGCGGCCGCACUGCACUCGUCGCCCUUUGUAGCUUCUAUCCCCUCUGUUGUGUCCCUGUUCUCGUCGCCUGCAAGCCUCGUUGGAAUCGCGAGUCGCGCCUUUUCC